AAAUUAACAUGGUUUAUGAAAAUAAGCCAGAAUUUAAUUAUUAUCAUCAUCAGUACCCAUGUUGUAUUUUGUCCUGAAGCGAUUCAUAUAUAUAUCUCGACUGCAAAUAAAUAAAAUGGAUAUUUUAAUAAAGCCGAGAACGAGUCUAAAGUUGAUUGACAUAUUAGAAAAAAAGGUUGAGGGCAGCUUUGAGGUCAAACGCACUCCUCCAGUGGCUUUAGGCGAUAUAUAAAUUACAUUUUUUUUUCCUUAAAACGCGAAUUGAUAAUAUGCGUUUCUGAUUUUAAUACAAGCUGCGCCGAUCAGAGAUUCGAGAUCAUUAUUACAUUGUUAGUCAUCUAUUUAUACAUUCCUUAUCUGAUGAAAUUAGGCUAACUACAAACUACUUUUCCCGCACAAAAGGUCCAUAUGGUAAAUAAGACAAUUGCUGAGCGCUUUAUUUUCCACGUGAGGCCACGGCAGAAUCUCUAAUAAAUACUCAAGUAUUUAAAAAGCCAGUGAUGACGUCCCGAUGUCAGCAUGUCCGUAAUAAAGAGAUACUUGACCGAUACAGAAAUUGGGGACUAAACGAUCUGCAUUUUAAAGAAUGAUGUCACAAAACGCUUUAUGUAUUUUGACUUGUAACAAAACGAAAGCCAAUAAGGAGAGGGAGAUUUAGCGCUGUCCAAUCAGAGAAGAGAACAGCCCGACGAGUUCCGCGCAGGGAUCCAGUGGAGAGAGAGAGUGCCAGAAAUCUGCCAAGUCCUCGUGCCAAAAACUUUUCACCCACAGACGAAUGCGUCCAAGUCGUCCUAAGUCAAGAAUUGAAUAUCGAGGAGUAAUACAUCAAAAAGUAGCUAUUACUAGGAUUCCCUCAGUCAUAGAGAGUUUUCCAUAGUGCAGUUCCAGGGCAGUCCGAAAUUGUCUGUGGAAUAAACUCACUGGAAAGCUUCGGGAGGUGAGGAUGGACCGAGCCCCAAGCUCCAGCCCAAGCGGCACCAGUCAAACAUCACAACCUGCCCAACACGAACCCAUCAGCUUCGGCAUCGACCAGAUUCUCAGCGGCACCGAUCAAGAGCCACAGCAGAACUCGAGCAGGAAUAACCCGGAGAGCAGCGCGAGCGCGAGCGGAGGCGGUUACCACCUCGGCAGCCCGACGGGAGCGAGCGCGACGCCGUACACGACACUAACCGGCACUUUUCACGGCAUCGCGGCUCCGUACGAGGAGUCCGGUCCGUACGGAGUGAACUUGACCCUUGCACCCGGAGGAGUGAUUAGGGUCCCGGCUCACAGGCCCCUGGCCGCGGCCGUGCCUCCACCCAUGGCCAGCGCGGUCCCCGGUCUUGGGAGCCUCAGUUUUCCCUGGAUGGAGAGCAGUCAGCGCUUCGCAAAAGACAGGUUUGCAGCAGCCCUGACACCUUUCACUGUGGCUCGGCGCAUCGGUCACCCGUACCAGAACCGCACGCCGCCUAAGAGAAAGAAGCCCCGCACGUCUUUCUCCCGAGUGCAGAUCUGUGAGCUGGAGAAGCGCUUCCACAGACAAAAAUACCUGGCCAGCGCUGAACGGGCAGCUUUGGCUAAAACUCUGAAAAUGACAGACGCCCAGGUCAAAACCUGGUUUCAGAACCGCAGGACCAAGUGGAGACGGCAGACGGCGGAAGAGAGGGAGGCAGAGCGUCAGCAGGCCAACCGGCUGAUGAUUCAGCUCCAGCACGAUGCUUUCCAGAAGUCUUUGACCGAUUCAGUUCCAUCGGACCCGCUCUGCAUCCACAACUCGUCGCUGUUCGCCCUGCAGAACCUGCAGCCUUGGGCGAGCGAGGAGAGCGGGAAGCUCGGAGGAGUGACUGCGCUCGUAUGAGGGCCGCGACUCAAGAAGCGAUUGACAUUCUCCUUUUUGAUGGACCGGGACGCCGGUUGAUCUCGUCUCCGUCCCAAAAGACUGUUCCAUUCCACAAAAAAAGCGAGGAGCUGACACCGGCCGUCCAACAGUGAGCAAACCCAUGCAAAAUAAAGCGGUUCUGCGUCGUGCGAGGCUCUGCAGAAUAAACGAAGUCUGUUUUCUCUGCGUCCAGAGACUUUUAUCCCCAUUAGGGUCAGUUUCAUUGACAAAGCGACUUUGUAGAAUGGAUCGGGGGCCACCUCAGCUGACCCUUUUACAGAUCCUCUGAUCUUCUCCUCCAUCCUUUCAUUUGUCCUUCUGCCCCCCCCCCACCCUUGUGUAGUUUCUCCUCCACUCAAGAGCUGUAGAAUACAGGAUUAAUGCAGAAGAGGGAAGUAAGGAUGAAUUAAUUAUUUAUAAUGCGAGUUGCACGACCUAAUAUGCCCCCAAUCUGGCUAUUUGCGAAAAUAAAUGGACACGAAGACGCACUUUAGCCUUCCUGUGUCUGUCGGCGGUUCGAAAGCUAGUUAUUUUAUGAAACUACGCCCUGAUCAUUUGAGAAACCGCACGAAGCGUUCAAAAGAAAGGCGUACGGCCUCGUAUAGGGCGGUUGCAAUUGAUUUGAUCGGGUUAGAUUUAUUCAGCAGCGACUCCAAACGCAGCUCAGAAACUCUUCUCAGAAUCACGCUUCGAUGGGCGAAUGCUGUGGGUUUGUUAGAUGAUGUAGGCGCGCCGUUGCAUCCCAAACUCUGUAUUAUACUUUGUAUUUGAUAAAUAUGUAAAUAGCAAACAAAAAAAGUAAUAAACAUUCUGUUUUGGCAUUAACACAAAAGGUGUGCUUUGC